UAUAGCUCAUAAUUUAUCUAGCCCAAUGAAAAAAAACAUAUGUUGAUUUGUGUUACAAAUAAUGUUUGCAUCCUGACCAUGUAAAAUUAUGAGUAUUUUAAGUGAUACUGAGGACAACCAAGUUAAUGACCUAUUAUUAGUACUGCAAAAUGAAAAAUGUGAUCUUAAGUCUAUUAGGAACAUGUGCAAAGGUAAAUUUAUACCAGAUCAGUUUCGGAAACAAAUUUGGAUGAUAUGUUUGGGGAUUUCCAAUGCAAAUGAAGUUGAAGAGUGGAAUGAAAUUUAUGAUUUACCAUAUCAGCUUAACUUAAGAGAAAAAUGUGUUGAAUUAAUUGAAAAUAACAAGGUUGAAUCAAAUGAUAGCUUAUGUUUAAUUUCACAAUUAGAAUCUAUUCUAACUUUUUAUAUAAAACAAAAUGACUGUGAAAGUUUUGGUUAUGAAUUUGACAAUUCCUGGAAAUAUAUAUUAUCUAUUUUAUAUCCUUUUAACUUUACUAAAUCUCAAUUAUAUUUAAUUUUUAAAAGCAUUCUCUUAUUAUACAUUCCAAAAAAAUUAAAUGUAUAUUAUGAUAUAUUUCGUUUAAUUCUGUUAUAUCAUGAACCUGAACUAUGUUCAUUUUUAGAGAGUAAAAAAAUUCAGCCUAAGGAUUAUUGCUCAGCUUGGUUUUCAACCUUAUUUUCUAGUUGUACAUGUGAUAGAAAUGUUAUAUAUGCUUUGUGGGAUUAUGUUUUUCAACAAGCAGAUGAUUUUGUUAUUUUUUAUAUAGCAAUAGUGUACUUAAUUAAUGCAAAAGAAAUACUUUUAUCCAUGAAAGAUCAAGACAAAAGUGCUAUUUUGGCUUUUAUUAACAAUCUUACCUCAAAUUUGACAAUUGAGGAUAUAUCAGAUAUUAUAUCUAUUUGUCAAUAUUAUUCAAUAACAACUCCAAUUACUUUGAAAUUGGAUAAACUAGUGUUGAAAAAGGAUGAUAAUAUUGACGAAAACUUAUUUGCCAACAAUUUAUGCAUAAAUAUAUCAGUACAAGAAUUAAUCAGAUCAAAAAAUUAUAAAAAUGAUCCAAACAAGGAUAAUUUGGAAAAGAUAAGUUUUUUCUUGGUGGACUGCAGGCCUGCUGAUCAAUACAAUAAUGGACAUCACCCAACUGCAUUUCAUCUAGAUGCCACAUUAAUGCUUCAGGAUGCGACAAAGUUCGAAAGCGCUAUCCUGGCCCUAAUGGCGGCUCAAAAAAAUUCUUUGAACAUAAAUUCUAAAGCUGGUGGUAAACAUAUUUGCCUCAUGGGGGGAGGGUCGCUUAUACAACAAUCACAACUAAGUCAAACCGAUGCGCCAGAGGAGAAAGAUUGUGAAUCAUUGCUUAUAAACAUGGUGGCCUCACAUUUUUUGCGCAAAUGUUACAAAUAUAUCAGUAUAUUAAGGGAGGGUUAUGCUGGAUUACACGAAGCCUUAAAACCAAAUCUGAAAGACAAUUUAUCUCAACACAACUCUAAAAAAUGUUUAAUAUGCACCGAUGCCUCUAUUAAUGAUAGGGAUAUAGAAUCGGCAGAGGACGGGAUACACUUCUAUCAACAACCAUCAUCGAAUAACAAUUUGUUGGGUAAAUUUUCUAGCGUGAUGAAAAUCAAAACUAAAGAAAUGAAGCAACGAUUUAGUAAUUAUAUAGUAUCAUCUUCAUCUAGUUCUACAACUUUUCCUAAUGAAAAUAGGUAUUUAUCACCUCUUGAUUUACAUAACAAGCAAUAUCGAAAUAGGCCCGAUAUAUUUUCCUUAGCCGAUGAUGAAGAAUAUGAUGCCUCAUCUGAUGAUAUGCAUGAUACGAAACAAACCGACGAUAUAAAUCCAAACGGCAAUUUUGUCAAAUAUAAAUUACUAUUCUUGUCUAUAGAAGACUGGAUUAAAAAGCUGGAUUCCUUGCAUUCAUUUCCUUGUUAUUAUUUAGUUAAAAAUAACAAUUUUCCAAGCUUACUACUUGUCACUUGUUCUCAUAUAUACGUUUUAAAGAAUAAAAUCGGUCAUAGUGAUAAUACAGAAAGUCCUAUUCUAAAUAGUCCUUCAAAUAGGGAAAAAUAUAUGUGUUCUUUUUCUCGUCCGCUAUCUUCCAUAGUCAAAAUAACUUCCAGAAAAAGAAAUCCAGAAAUUAUUACAUUUAAAUACGGACGCGUUUUGACUUUAGAGAACAGUAAGGAUAGUUAUGAUAGAGGCAAGAAGUUUGAGAAGGAUAUUGACGGAGACUACAUUAUUGAAAUAGACGCGUGGGACAAAUUUUAUAUUCCUAAUUUAGCUGGCGACGCGACAAAAUUAAUUAAAAGGCUGAUUGUUGAACAAAUGGAACAACUAGAAGAACAGCAUAUCGACGAGGAGAAUAAGACCAUUUAACAAAAUAUGCUCACUUUAUAUAAUUCAAUGAUAAAUUUCUGAUUAUGACAUACUACUAAUUCUAAAUGACACUUAAUUUUUUUAAAUUAUUAAUAUAAAUUUAAUGUAAUGCACAACACUAGAGGUUAUCUAUUUUUUGUUUGUAAAAUUUUGACAUUAUUUAUAUUCAAAAAGUGUAAUGCAAUUAAAUAUAAUUUUAGAGGCUUGAACUCUUUUUUAUUUAUGUCGGUUUCAGAGCCGGGCUCAGGUUGAGUUUAGGAAGACUUGAUGAUGGGGUUUGAGGUAGGUGAUAUUUCUUUAAAGAAUUAAUCCAAAUAAAUGAUUUUUUAUGAUCAAUAAUCUAAAUUUAUAUUCUUUUUAUGUAGAAUAUGUAAAAUAUUUAGGGCUUUAAAUAAUCUAUUAUUAAUAUAUGCCAAUUUGCGUUUCUAUAUUAAAAUGAUCUUAUA